UGUGGCGGACCGUACCACUAGCACGCCGCAGUGCGGGGGGAGACCGGGCUCUAGCUCUUCUUCAGCGUGACCGCCGCGUAGAUAAAUCCUUGCACACCGUGGGCAGGGUGACACCAGUGGGUGCGCACACUACACUGCCCAUCCCGGGUGGGUUACACAGUGCGGCCAGCGGGCGGAAGUCCGGAUCGUGCACAGCGACCACCCCCAGUGUGCGCGCAGUGAGGUGCCCGGUGUGGGGGAGACACACAGCAGAACAGCCGGUGUCUGCACCUUCUGACAGCGCUGCAAGGUGCUGCUGAGCGGGGACAGGAGCUGUCCGCCUGCUGCCGCCGCUGCCCAGCCUCCGCACCAGAGCCGGGCACCCCAGCCGGGGGGAAGCCGGAACACCAGGCACCAUCUCCUGCCCAGGCUGUGCUCCGGCUGCCACUGGCCGUGCCCCUUUGUGUUAGGUGCUGCAGACCUGUGCCCCCCUGCCGUGGAGGAGUGCGGGCAGGGGUCAGCCUGGCAUGCAGUGAUCCCCCUCCCCUGCCACCCCCGGGACACCCAUGAUAGAGGAUACCAUGACUCUGCUGUCUCUGCUGGGCAGGAUCAUGCGCUACUUCUUACUCCGGCCGGAGACCCUCUUCCUCCUGUGCAUCAGCCUGGCGCUCUGGAGCUACUUCUUCCACACGGACGAGGUGAAGACCAUCGUGAAGUCCAGCCGGGACGCCGUGCAGAUGGUGAAGGGGAAGGUGGCAGAGAUCAUGCAGAAUGACCGGCUCGGGGGGCUGGAUGUGCUGGAGGCGGAGUUCUCCAAGACCUGGGAGUUCAAGAGUAACAAUGUGGCCGUGUACUCCAUCCAGGGCCGGAGGGACCACAUGGAGGACCGCUUCGAGAUCAUCACCGACCUGUUCAACAAGAGCCACCCGUCCAUCUUCGGCAUCUUCGAUGGCCAUGGAGGAGAGUCAGCAGCGGAAUAUGUGAAGAUCCAUCUGCCCGAGGUGCUAAAGCAACAUCUUCAAGAUUUUGAAAAGGAUAAAGAGAACAGCGUGCUUUCCUACCAGACCAUUCUAGAGCAGCAGAUUCUAGCAAUAGACCGUGAGAUGCUGGAGAAGCUGUCAGGAUCCUAUGACGAAGCAGGUACUACAUGUUUAAUCGCAUUGUUAUCGGACAAAGAGCUCACAGUGGCAAAUGUUGGGGAUUCACGGGGAGUCUUGUGUGACAAAGAUGGAAACGCAAUUCCUCUAUCACACGAUCACAAACCAUAUCAGCUAAAGGAAAGAAAGAGGAUUAAGAGAGCAGGUGGUUUCAUCAGUUUCAACGGAUCUUGGCGCGUUCAAGGUAUUUUGGCAAUGUCCCGUUCUUUGGGCGAUUACCCCUUGAAAAAUCUAAAUGUCAUCAUCUCAGACCCUGAUAUCCUGAGCUUUGACCUUGACAAGCUGCAGCCGGAAUUUAUGAUCUUGGCAUCUGAUGGGCUUUGGGACGCUUUCAGCAAUGAAGAAGCAGUCCGGUUCAUUAAAGAGCGUCUGGAUGAACCUCACUUUGGAGCCAAAAGUAUUGUGUUACAGUCCUUCUACAGAGGAUGUCCUGAUAACAUAACAGUUAUGGUGGUAAAGUUCAGGAAUAGUAGCAAAACAGAUGAACAAUAAAGUAUCUAUAUAUGUACAGAUGGACUUCUGGCAAACUGUUUUAUUUUAAUUUUAAGUAGGAAAAUGUGGAAAUGUUAUUACGAUUAUCACAUGACACCAUAUCCAUGUCCGAAACGUUAACAUGGACUUAUGCAGCUAAUGUAUUCAUCAACUGUAAAAUUACAAACACAGGAAGUAUAUAUUAUCUGAAAAAACAUUGUUACAACCUUAACAAGCAACUAUCUGUAUUAAAAGGAAGUGUUACCCCUCUAUAAA